AUGAUCCAGGAUGUACAUGCGGGCAACCUUGAUCUCAUCAUCCGGACGGCGUGAUGUUGGCCUGCCUCAUUGUCGUCGACGUCCAGGACGUCCCCGGAUUCUUGGCAUCUUUCGGAAGCCGGAACGCGUCUACCCCACAUCACGCGAUAGUGAUGAGACCUCUACAUAAUAGAGGACGUGGAGGCUCCACUCUGUUGGGCUUUCUCGGGAAUCGAUGCUGCGCAGCUUCGAUCACAUUCCAAAGGCAAGAAUAUCUGGUGAUACGUCUCUCCAGGCGGACUUACGGCAUUUCUCGCGAUUCUCACGGCAUUUACACCGAGUGCUCCUGACUGUACUGUUUCUCCGAGACCUUUCAGCACGCUACUUACUGGUGAAGCGGAAUACUGCAGCAACGCACAUCGACUUCCGCGGCAAUCAUCUUCCACGCGAUUCGAUUAUAGAUGAUCACCUUGUUGAUCACGUUCGGCCUCGAAUAGGAUGUGGAGUACCCCAGGAUUUUAGCUGUCCUCCACAACGUCGCUUCAAACCCGAAAGUGUUCGAGUCAGAUUGAACCGUGGUCUAGACAUCGCUCUCACCCCGGACUACCCGGCGGUAAAGCCAGCACCCCAUGCUUGGCAGGAAAUAGGUAGGCCGACUCCAGCCCGAUCUAGUGUUGCAGAUGAUCUCGGCGACUCUUGCAUGAGCGACAGUUUGCCCAGACUACCGUGUCGAUUUUGAUAGCGUUGUGGAUAGCCGAGAGUGGGGAGGUAUGUAGGUCUUCCUUUCUUUGAUUUGCAUUUAAUUAUUUUCGCCAUGUCGAUAGUCUUGGCUCUCUGCGUCUUAAUACGAUGUCGCGUCUCCGUGUGAUUUGCGUCUCUAGUAUGCUUGAAACUACUUCUUAGUAUGUCCGUUUUUGGACAUCCUCAA